AUGUUUAAAUGCGCAAUCACAGAAAUUCAUUUAAAUACUGGUAGCCAGUUUUUUCAAAACGUUGUUGAAGAAGGUGAGUCCGUUGACAAAACCGGCAAAGUCGUCGUCCUCGAUCGGCUCAACGAGUCCUGGAAGCUGUUGUCCAGCAUACCCAGUGUACCGGCCACUGACAUAGAUAAUAUGCUUGAACCAUGGCCUCUUUUUCAAGCCAUCGUGGUUGAGGAGCGCUCUUUCAAAGUACUUGAGCUUGGUGUUGGCCUUGAAAAUGGCCCACUUGAGCUUGAUCUUCUCCACAAACGACAGAUCGUCCCAGUUGUCGUACUUUUCCUGCAGCACAACGGUGUCUUCGUCAAACGUGGCAGCAGACUUGAGCAAAGACGCAAUGUUCUCGUACACCUGUGCAACCAGCUCCUCCAAGCUCGACACUUCCGGGUCCUCGUCCAGCUUCUUCUGGAGCCAGUCUUUUGGUAUCUCAAUUUUGCUGAACAGGUUCGAGAUCUGUUCGGCAUAGUCAGUGGUCUUGAACUUGUACAGUUUCGACUCACUCAGAUUCAGCACCAAAAGUCCAGCGUAUUUGGCCAUCAGGUUGUGGUAGACAAAGCCCGGGUCUCCAAGAGUCUUCAUCCAGUGAUAGGAGUCGUAGACCGUGUGAUAUUGGUAGACCGGAGCCGUCUUGUUGGAGGUGAAGCCGAGAUCAACAGACGGAAUACCCAGAUGGUCCAGGAACACAGUGUAAUCGGAACCGGAUCCCAGAGCACUGAUAUGGUCCUUGGAGAUCUCCUUGAGAUGGUCGUACAGAGUGAUGUUGCUGUCGGGAUAUGUGGAACCAAUCAGUCCGUACUCCUCGCCGUCCCAAGAAGCCAGCAGUAUCGUUCUUUGAGGCUUCCAGCCGGAUUGCACCAGACCACCCAGAGCUCUAGCAAGUUCCAGCAUGACGGCAGAGCCCGAGUGUGGAUCUCCAGCAGCCGGAGUCCACGAGUCGUGGUGGUUACCAAUGAUGAUCACUUCGUCCUUAUUCACUCCUUCGAUCUUUCCGUAGACGUUGUAGACGUCUGUCACGUUGAAGUCUUGCUCGUUCACAAGAUUGAGCUUGUACUCUGGGUUAGGUCCAACAGAAGUGUAGUCGAAUCCCUUGAUCAGUCCCUUGGGCCAUGUGGCCACCUGGGGACCGUGGCCAGACAGUUUCUCCAGAAUUGGAGUGACCUCUCUGAACGAGAUUGGAAGGGCUGGAAUCUUGGGGGUGGUGAUCUUAGGAUCGGACCGCGACUUGUCUUCACCGGGCUUGAUUGCGUAUCCUGGAGUAGUCGGGUCUCCGGGGAAGACCGAUAA